UGGAUGGUAGAUGCGUAGACCGGUGCUGUCAAAGGAAAAAUGCUGGCCGAUUGCCUUUUAAUCGUUUUCAUAUCUCUGUGUACAGCAUCUCUAGGAGAGGGAUUGACAUGGCUGCUGGUGUACAGAACAGACAAAUACAAGAAGCUCAAGGCAGAGGUGGAGAAGCAAAGCAAGAAAUUGGAAAAGAAAAAGGAAGUUGGUGAGGCAACAGAUCGUAGUCAAAAGAAAAAAUUAGAGAGGCAAGAAGAAAAGCUGAAAAACAACAACAGAGAUUUAUCAUUUGUGAAAAUGAAGUCCAUGUUUGCGAUAGGUUUUGCUUUCACAGCUUUACUUAGUAUGUUCAAUUCCAUAUUUGAUGGCAGAGUGGUGGCCAAGUUGCCAUUUACACCAAUCUCCUUGCUACAGGGGAUAUCUCACAGGAACCUUGGUGGGGACGACUACACUCAUUGUUCAUUCAUUUUCCUCUACAUCCUGUGUACCAUGUCUGUAAGACAGAACAUCCAGAAGGUCCUUGGACUAGCUCCAUCGCGUGCUGCCAGUAAGCAGGCAGGAGGGUUAUUUGGUCCUCCUCCGCAACUCUCAAAGUGAUGAAGAUAAUGUAUAUUCCAUGUUAUUUCUAUUGGCAGACAAAUCUCAAGACUUUCACUAGAAUAGUGAAUAUAUCUAAAUCGUGAAAUUUUAUUUGUCCGAUCCCUAUAUCAAGAUAUUAUGCCAUAAAUCAACAUUAUUUAGUAUAUAUAUGUUCUAUUAAAUAUUUGUUGGUUACUGUAUGAAUGAUUACUGAAUGAGAUAUGUGUUUGCAUGUAUUAACUGGACUGAAUCUGAAUAAUAUGUUUCUACUUUAAUGACAUAUACAGGAUACUGUAAACAAUAGAUUUGGUAUGUACAUUAAUGUAUAAGUGUGUUAUUGAGGAGGAUGGAUAAAGAAAUAAAUUAUAUUGUAUUGUCA